GCGCAUUCUACUCAAAUAGCGAGGGCAUGGGAAAGAAGAAACGGAAGAAGGUAGGGCAUUCGGAUGAUGAUGGUGUUUUGGGCUUCUGACAUACUGAUUGCUUUUUUUUCUCACUGCAUUAAGGACCACGUUUCGAAGAUAUCUACCCCUCUGCCUGACCGCGGUGGAAGUUACGGGGUGGGUAUGUUUGGGAUCGGGGCCAGAUAAGACGAGCAGCAGCAGCGAGCGGUACAGAAGCAAGUUUGUCGGGAUGGCAGCAAAAAGCACAAUUGCCCUGUUCGCUUUCUUUUCUUUUUCUCUGCUUCUCAUGCAUCGGUUCGAAAUUCUUUUUUCAAAGACGAGGGAUCGGAAAGGAGACGCUGACUGGGCCCGACAUGCCAAAUCCGAUGUGUCUGACCGUCCCUCGAGACUAUCUAUCAUUUCUCCGUACAUUUUUGCAUCACGGUGCUGGAUAUACCCGGCUUUAACAAUGGGACGGCGUUGGAGGAGCCAUUAAUCUAUCAAUUGUGAAAAUGGUUGUUUAUCUACCUUGGCUUUCUUUUCUUCUCUGUUGCUAUGCGCUUUCCUUUUUCUUACUUUUUUUUUCCUUUUUUACCUCUCAAAUGGCCAGUGGCUCCCUAUCCAAAGCUCUAAUGACACCGUUGCACUCGCACUCGCACAUGCACUUCGCACUCUUUGUCGUCGCAUCAGUUGGAUCGUUGGCCAUCUCCGUUCGUGUGUUCUUUGGAUCGUCUUUCUACACCAUAUUGGGGCUUUAAACCUUCUGAGCCGAAGAAAUCGGUGGACAGCGAAAACAAGGCCCGCUUUGUAUUUUCAUCUUGCGUUAUACUGUUCGAGAGGUGCCCUGCCCUCGCAACGGAUUAUCUAUUGACUGGCCGUACAGGACGUGCGUUUUUUUUUUUUUUUUUCUUUUUUUUU